CUAGGGAAAGUACGUGCGGCGUUUGUGUUGGAAUACUUUUGAUUUAGAAAACGCAGAGGCAACGUUUGCUGCAAAUUCCAUUCUUGUUUACAAAAGCAGAUCAGAGAAUCAAUAUCAUCGAUUGCAAUCUCAUAUCUGUCAAGAACUCUAAGAACAGUACUGUCCCAAAACGGACAAUUACUGCUCUCUGUAAACGUAUAAAAACACUGCAACGGAGAUGGACAACGACGCCGUUUCCAUUUCAUCAGCUCCGGGAGUUUCCAGGCACCGUUGGGACGUCUUUCUGAGCUUCACAGGCGAAGACACGCGCCACACCAUCACUGCCAACCUCUACGACUCGCUUGAGAAACACGGCGUCCGGGUCUUCCGCGACGACGACGGGCUGCGCCGCGGGGACGAGAUCGCGCCGAGUCUGCUCGAGGCUAUAGACGACUCGGCUGCCUCCAUCGUCAUCCUCUCUCCGAACUACGCAUCGUCGCUGUGGUGCCUUCAGGAACUUUCCAAGAUAUGCGAGUGCCGGAGGCUCAUACUCCCAGUGUUCUACCAAGUCGACCCGUCGGACGUGCGGAAGCAGGGGGGACCUUUCAAAGAACAUUUUAGAAGCCACGAAGAUCGGUUUGAGAAGGACGACGUUUCGAGGUGGAGGAGAGCUAUGGAAAAAGCUGGUGGAAUUGCUGGUUGGGUUUUCAAAAACAGCGAGGAGGCGCAAGCGCAACUGAUUCAAUUGUUAGUCAAAGAGGUGUUGACUGAACUGGCAAAGACUCCAGUGGGUCUGGCUACAUAUACAGUUGGACUUGAUUUUCGUCUUCAAGAAGUGAUGAGUUUGUUAGAUAUUAGAUCCAAUGGCGUUCGAGUUCUUGGAUUAUAUGGUAUGGGUGGUGUUGGUAAGACAACCCUUGCCAAGGCUCUUUGUAAUAAACUUGUUGGUCACUUUGAGUGCCUUAGUUUCAUUUCAAAAGUAAGAGAAAAUUCUGCAAAUGACGGUGGUUUAGUGUCCCUUCAGAACAAACUUAUCCAUGAUCUUUCCUCUGGUAAUGUUGCUGUAUAUUCUAUCGGUACAAUCAAAGAAGUAGUUCAUAAGAAGCGAGUUCUUGUUGUUUUAGAUGAUAUUGACAAUGUAACUCAGCUUGAUUUACUUACUGGGAGAAGAGAAUGGUUUUUUGAAGGAAGUAGAAUCAUCGUCACCACAAGAGACAGAGAAGUUCUAUCCAAGCAUCUUGUGAAUGCAUUUUAUGAGGUCAGAGAGUUGGGAAACCAUGAAGGAAACUCUGAGGCACUACAGCUUUUUAGCUACCAUGCACUACGAAGAGACAAACCCACAGAUAAAUUUCUUGAUCUUUCCAAAAAAAUGGUGUCUCUUACAGGAGGUCUACCGUUGGCCCUGGAAGUAUUUGGUUCUUUUUUGUUUGAUAAGAGGAGAAUAGAGGAGUGGGAAGAUGCUCUGAGAAAGUUGGAACAAAUUCGUCCACACGAUCUUCAGGAUGUGUUGAAGAUAAGUUUUGAUGGGUUAGAUACACAGGAGAAGUGUAUAUUCCUCGACAUUGCAUGUUUAUUCAUUAAAAUGAGAAUGAAUAGAGAAGAUGUAAUUGAUGUAUUGAAAGGUUGCGGCUUUAUGGCUGAGAUAGCAAUCAGAGACCUCACAGCAAAAUCACUCAUUAAGGUUGCUGAGGACAAUACUUUGUGGAUGCAUGAUCAAGUUAGAGACAUGGGAAGACAAAUUGUUUUAGAGGAAAAUCCUGUGUAUCCUGGUAUGCGAAGUAGACUGUGGGAUCGUGAUGCAGUCAUGACCGUCUUGAAGGGUGAGAAGGGAACAGGAUGUAUACAAGGGAUCAUCCUAGACUUUGAUAGGAGGCCCUUGUCGAAUGAUCCAAGUGGUGAAAGAAUUUCUUGGGAAAACCUAAAAAGAGCGCCCAAUGUCACUUCUACGUUAACAUACUUGGAAGAAAGGUAUAAGAAGUAUCUUCAAAAUAAAGCUGAGAAACAGAGGGAGGUAGUACUACACACAAAGUCCUUUGAAUCUAUGGUUAAUCUAAGACUUCUGCAAAUCAAUAAUACGAGAUUGGAAGGAAAGCAUAAAUAUUUUCCUACACAACUGAAGUGGCUACAAUGGCGAGAAUGUCCUUUUGAAAGUCUUCCUUCUGAUUUUUGUCCUCGGGAACUUGCUGUCCUUGACCUCUCGGAAAGUAAAAUUGAACAAGUGUGGGGACGGUAUAGUAACAAGGUGGCUGUGAAAUUGAUGGUUUUGAAUCUCCGCGGUUGCCAUAAUCUUACUGCCAUUCCUGAUUUAUCUGGGCAUCAAACCUUGGAAAAGCUUGUUCUUGAGCGCUGCCCCAGACUAAUAAAGAUUCAUGAAUCCAUUGGAAACUUGAGUACACUACUUCACUUGAACCUGGGACGCUGUUCGAACCUUAUUGAAUUUCCUGCUGAAGUCUCUGGGCUGAAAAAUCUAGAGAACCUUAUACUCUCUGGCUGCUCGAAGUUGAAAGAAUUGCCAAAUGACAUAGGCAGCAUGAGAUCUCUGAAAGAACUUCUUGUUGAUGACACUGCUAUAGCAAAGCUACCUGAAUCCAUUUUCCACCUUACAAAACUUGAAAAGCUUAGUCUAAAUGAUUGCCAGUUCUUCGGAAGACUACCCAACUGCAUUGGAAAGCUGUUGUCCCUGAAAGAACUCUCUCUUAAUGGUUCUGCUAUAAAUGAAAUACCUUAUUCUGUUGGAACUUUGGUAAACCUUGAGAGACUGAGUUUAAUGCAGUGUAAAUCACUUACUUCACUACCUGAUUCUGUUGGCAAUCUCAUAUCAUUGACAAAACUUUUAACCAAUGGUAUUGCAAUCAAAGAACUACCUGCUUCUAUUGGAUCAUUAUCAUAUUUGAAGGCCUUGUCAGUUGGAAACUGUCAGUUUCUGAGCAAAUUGCCUGAUUCAAUUGAAGGAUUAGCUUCUGUUGUUGAGCUUCAGUUAGAUGGCACAUCAAUCACAAAUCUGCCAGAUCAGGUAGGUGCCUUGAAAAUGCUAAGGAAGCUUGAGAUGAGCAAUUGUGAAAGUCUUAGGUCUCUACCAGAAUCAAUUGGAAGCAUGUUGGCUCUUACUACUUUGAAUCUAUUUAAUGCCAAUAUUUCUGAAUUGCCGGAAUCCAUUGGGAUGCUAGAAAAUCUUAUUAUAUUAACAGUGAAUGAAUGUACAGAGCUCCGUAAACUUCCUGAUUCAAUAGGAAAUUUAAAGUCUCUGCACCACUUGCAUAUGGAAGAAACUGCUGUGACGGAAUUGCCUGAAAGCUUUGGGAUGCUCUUAAGCUUAAUGACAUUAAAAAUGUCUAAGAAGCCUCAUUUUCAGUUAGCUGGAAAAAGCAUGCCUGAAGAGGUUUCAGUUGCAACUGCACAAGAGAAGCAAAAUCCUGGAACACUUCCGACUUCUUUUUCCAAUUUAUGCUUGCUUGAACAACUGGAUGCUCGUGCUUGGAAACUAUGUGGGAAAAUACCUGAUGAUUUUGAGAAGUUGUCAUCUUUGGAGAUUUUGAAUCUAGGACACAAUAAUUUCUUCAGCCUUCCAUCCAGCUUGAGGGGCCUUUCCAUUCUCAAAAAGCUUGUAUUGCCCUACUGCCGAGAGCUCAGGUCUCUUCCUCCACUUCCCUCUAGCUUGCUGGAGGUGAAUGUUGCAAACUGUACCGCACUGGAAAGGUUGUCUGAUCUUUCAAGCUUGGAAAGCUUGUGCGAGCUGAAUCUUACAAACUGUGAGAAGGUGGUGGAUAUUCCUGGCCUGGAAUGCUUGAAGUCCUUGAGAAGGUUGUUCAUGAGUGGCUGCAAAACAUGCUCAUCUGCGGUAAAAGGAAGACUUUCUAAGGUUUCUUUGAGGAAUUUGCGCGCUCUUGGUAUGCCUGGGAGAAAAAUUCCGGAUUGGUUUUCUAAAGAAGCGGUUAGAUUUUCGGAGUGUAAAAACCGUAAGAUCAUAGGUGUCCUGGUAGGUGUUGUGGUCUCUCUCAACCAUCAAAUUCCAGAUGACAUAAGAGACCAGCUCCCUUCAAUACCAUGUAUAAGGGCAAAUAUCAUCAACCUGAAUAAAAUUUUGUUCAGUACAGUGCCGGAGUUAAUGGGGGUUCCAAAGACGCAUGAUGAUCAUAUUUAUUUGAUUCGAUAUCCAGCCUGUCAUCCAUUAGUUUCCAAGUUGAGAGAAGGUUAUGAGAUACAGGUGACCGAGCAAGACCCACCAUAUAUUAAGGGGGUUGAGGUGAAACAGUGUGGGCUUUAUUUGAUUUUUGAAGGUGAGGAUUAUUUUGAAGGAGAUGAAGAAUCACUGGACGAGACUCAACUAUCGACUUCAGAAAAGUUAGCAAAGUUUUUCAGCUCUCCUGAAGAGGCCGGAAGACCAUAUCUCUGAAUCUGGCCCUGUAGUUGAAAGGCAAGUGCAAGAGCCUGAGGAACAAGAAGAAAGAGAAAGAGAGUCGUUUUGGGGGGCCUUCUUGCGGCUUGUUCGAGGGUGCUUUUGCUUUCAAUAAGAAGCUGCCUACCCGCAACCCAUUUGGUGGUCAGGUUGUGAUUGUGAAGGUUGCGUUCAACGGUUCAUGUUAGUUCCCUUGAGAGUUGUUCAUAUUUUUACCUAUUUUUGCGGGUAUUGCUAUUUUUUUACUCAUUUAUCACCCAUUUAUGUGACUUGUUUUAAGUGGUU